CACCAAUAGGAGAGCGCGGACGGGCGAAGGGCGGCCACUUCCUGGAGACCCAGGUGUGGAGCCCUGGCUGCGCCCCCGCGGGACGGGCUUCCGAAGCUGGCAGGAUGAAUGUGGGGGUGGCACACAGCGAAGUGAACCCCAACACUCGAGUGAUGAAUAGUCGGGGCAUCUGGCUGGCCUACAUCAUCUUGGUAGGACUGCUGCAUGUGGUUCUGCUCAGCAUCCCUUUCUUCAGCAUUCCUGUUGUCUGGACCCUGACCAACGUCAUCCAUAACCUGGCAAUGUACAUCUUCCUACAUACAGUGAAAGGGACACCCUUCGAGACCCCUGACCAAGGAAAGGCUCGGCUGUUGACACACUGGGAGCAGAUGGACUAUGGGCUACAGUUUACCUCCUCCCGGAAGUUCCUCAGCAUCUCUCCUAUUGUACUCUACCUACUGGCCAGCUUCUACACCAAGUAUGACGCUGCUCAUUUCCUCAUCAACACUGCCUCACUGCUCAGCGUACUGCUGCCUAAGCUACCCCAAUUCCACGGGGUUCGUCUCUUUGGAAUCAACAAAUACUGAAAGAUGGGUUGAGAGUCCUGCAGGCAUUGAGGGAAGGCACUGGAACAAAGAGAUAUAAUGGUUUCUGUUUCUUCUGUAUCCUGGAAGCCUGAGAGAUAAGACAAACCUUUCUAAACUCCAAGGAGGAAGAAACUGAAAAAUGGGGUUCCUGGGCCCAGCCUUAAUUGGGUCAGGAUUCUCUGACUCAGGGAAGGUGGAUGAGGUUAAGGGCCACACCACUCUUCUCUGUACAGCACGAAGCCAUCCAGGCUUGGGCAGCUUGUCUGGUGAUUAUGUUUUCCAUGUCUUCCAAACCUACCACCUUCAAGUUCUGUUUGCUGUAUAUUUUCCUUAAAAUAAAGUCUUUUCAGUUGUGACUGAAAUUUGAUAAGCAAGAA